UGGCUGUGGAGCAACUGCAGUCGUCGUUCCGCGGCCGUUGGCGAGGGUCAAAGAGCCAGCGAGCGAGCGAACCGGGCGCAAGGGGCGGAGGGCGCGGCGGCGGCGGGCGCUGGAGGAGGAGCCCGGGCGGGCGAGGGGCGGCCGGGCAGUGCCGGCGACCGCGCGCUUGAGGGGCCGGAGUCGGCGCACGGUGCCUGUGAGGGGCGUGCAGGGAGCAGCCGCCGCGCGCCCACGGUGGUAAGAGCAGCCCGCACGCCGCUCUCUGUGGGGGACCUGCAGUUGCAAUAUGACUUUGGAGGAAUUCUCGGCUGGAGAGCAGAAGAGCGAAAGGUAAGUCAGCCUGCGGACUUUUCGGGCUGGUGGCAAUCUCCCCAGCCUCUCCCUGAGCCCUCUCGCCCACCCCGCGCACCCCAGGUGCAGAGGGCUGUGGAGCUGUAGCGGGGAGCGGGCGGAAAAGUUUGCAGAGGGCAUGUCCGCCCGGCCUCCCUCGGGACCCUCCCUCGGGCCCUCUCUGCAGCGCGGCCGGGUCCCUCCGUGGGUCUUUGCAAAGGGCAGCGCGGUCGUCCCUGCCCGCGCGGCUCCUGCGGCUGGCAGCCUGUGGCUGCGCCCAGCGCCGGGAAUUGGCAGUGUCCUCCGAAGAGGGUGGCGGGUGGCACUGUCCCGGCCUCAGAGUGUGAGGGGAUGUGGCCGGCUGGACGGCGGGAGCCCCGGCUUGCAGAAAGCCCCGGUGCACGGUGGCACUUGCACUUGGGACGGGGCGAGGGGGUGCUACGGCUCUCGCGGGGGCCUGGACUGACGGGACCCCUUCCUCCGCCCUUGGCCGCGUCUAGGAUGGAUAAGGUGGGAGAUGCCCUCGAGGAAGUGCUCAGCAAAGCCCUGAGUCAGCGCACCAUCACCGUCGGGGUGUACGAGGCGGCCAAGCUGCUCAAUGUAGACCCCGACAACGUGGUGCUGUGCCUGCUGGCGGCGGACGAGGACGACGACAGGGAUGUGGCUUUGCAGAUCCACUUCACCCUGAUCCAGGCGUUCUGCUGCGAGAACGACAUCAACAUCCUGCGCGUCAGCAACCCGGGCCGGCUGGCCGAGCUUCUGCUGCUGGAGCCGGACGCGGGCCGGGCGGCGAGCGAGGGCGCCGAGCAGCCCCCCGACCUGCACUGCGUGCUGGUGACGAAUCCACAUUCAUCGCAAUGGAAGGAUCCCGCCUUAAGUCAACUUAUUUGUUUUUGCCGGGAAAGUCGAUACAUGGAUCAGUGGGUUCCGGUGAUUAAUCUCCCCGAACGGUGAUGGCAUCUGAAUGAAAAUAACUGAACCAAAUUGCACUGAAGUUUUGAAAUACCUUUGUAGUUACUCAAGCAAUUACUCCCUACACUGAUGCAAGGAUUACAGAAACUGAUGUCAAGGGGCUGAGUGAGUUCAACUACAUGUUCUAGGGGACCGGAGAUAGGUGACUUUGCAGAUGGAAAGAGGUGAAAAUGAGGAAGGAAGCUAUGUUGAAACAGAAAUACAAGUCAAAAGGAACAAAAAUUACAAAGAACCAUGCAGGAAGGAAAACAAACUAUGUAUUAAUUUAGGAUGGUUGAGUUACAUUAAAAUAAACCAAAUAUGCUUUGUUAAAGUUUAAAUAAUACAGCAGUAGUUUGGAUAUUUUUGGUUUAUAUGCCCUAAUGGAAAAGAAAAGCAGAAGGGGUUAAUCAUAUUUUAAAACCAUAUUUUAUUGUAUUUUGAUGAGAUGUUAAAUUCUCGAAGUUUUAUUAUAAAUUGUACUAAGUUAUUUUAUGACAUGAAAGGUUAUUUAUGCUAUAAAUUUUUUUGAAACACAAUACCUACAAUAAACUCGUAUGGAUUAAUUGCAUCAUUUCUUAAUAUGUGGUUUUUUUCUUUUAAUUUAGACUUUUAAAAAUUAUAUUUGGAAAAGUUUAAACCCUCCUGAAAUCAUGUUGUGUCUGUUGUGUGUGUGUUCGUUCCACUUUUAAACAUUUGGGCUGCACACGGGGGCAUAAUUUGUUCUGUAUUCAACAGACACCUGAUGGGUUUCCCAAUAGGUGCAAAAUCAGAAAAACAAAGGUGGCUUAAGACGAGUUGGGGAUAGGGAAAAGGAGCGGUUAGAGAGUGAACUUGCAGAAGCUGAAUAAAGAAUUACAAUUCAAUGAUGUAAGUGCUAUAAGAUUAUAUGCAAAGUGUUAAGGAAGCAGAGAAGAGUGACCAAAGCUCCUUGCAAGAGCAGUAUAGUUUUUACUGGGGAGGAAUCAUUUUAUUUGAACCUUGAAAAAUGAGUUUCAUUUCACCAGCCAGAAAGGAGAAAAGGAUAUGGUGGCAAAGGUGCUAGCUUGUGCAAAGGUAUGGAGGCCCAAAAGACCAAAACCUGUUCAGGGAACAAAGAGUGAUUCUGUGUGUGGCUCUGGUGUAGAGGGAUGAGGGGGAGAUAAGGCCAAAAAGCGUAGGUGGGGAUUAGGCCUAGACUUGAAGGGCUUUCUGUGUCACUGUUAGGCAUUUGGGCUUUCUUCUGUAAACUUUGGGGAGUCAGCAGAAGCCUUCACCACACAGGGAGUGACAUGAUCAGUGUUCUAGGGAGAUAACACUGGGGGCUGUGAAAGACAGGUUAUUGGCACAACAGACUGUAGGUAAGAAGGCCAACUAGGAAGUGACUGUAACACUCCAAGACUGUGCGUUUUGCAGAACUGUAUUUAGGGAGCAGACGGAAGUGGCCUGGCAAAAAGUUGUGGUGCCCUUACUCACUUCCUAGAGCUCUGUGUCUUCCAGCUGAACAUUUCUGUUACGGUUCUGAGGGGUCUGGUUAAGUUAUGCCAGAUGGAAGAGGUGGCAGAGAAAAAAAGUUUCAGCAAAAAACACAACCAUCGUUUCAGUUGGAACAGUCACUUGAUAAUUAACUGCAACAACUUCAUGUCAGGCAUCGCCAAAAAAUGCAAAAAUGCUUACUGAGGCUUUAGUCCUCUGGAUUUUUCUUUUGUCUACUUCUCAAACCAUACCCCACAUUGCUCCCGUGUUAUCUGCUUCCUAAUCAGGAAAAAGUAGAACUCAAGAGUAGAGAAAAACAACCCAGUAGUAACAAAGAUUUCCAAGUUUCUGUGUAUCUUGAGAAUGACAUAGACCCGUAAGCGCUUCAUCUUGCAAACAAGGUUUUGUUUUCCACAUCUGCUAGAAAUGUGGGUUUUUAGAACUUGUUUAGGCUUGUAUCUUUUAUUUAAGCCAGGGCCCAAUCCAAAACAACUGGUAUUUAAUAUUUGUUUCUUAUAUGACUAAAAGAUUAAGAGCAGUGAGUUUUAAAUGGUAGAACUUUUUGCCUUACUCCCCACUAAAGUAAGGAUUUUCAAUCCUUUUCCACAAUUACUUGAUAAAAAUAGUUCUGCAAAGAUGAGUGAAUUAAAAUAGGUAAGUAGAGUGGAGAAAAACAGCUUUGCAUGAUGGAAAGAGCACAGGGAGUGAGUAGACAGUAGCCUUUCUUCAUCCCAUUUUCCUUAUCUGUAAAAUGGAGAUAAAAGUAUCCAUUUUGCAGAGUUGUUAUCUGUCCUAGGAGCUAACAUCUGGUUCAUAGCUGUACCUUGAGUACUUCACACGUUUCUGAGUGAGCAGUAGGUGCUGAAUAUUUGUUGAGUGAAUGAUUUGAAAUAAUGAAUGCAAACUACCAGGCACAUGAUAGGUACUCAAUAUAGUGUUCCUAUUGCUAAAACCUGGGUAAUAGCGAUAGGGAAAAUUUUAAGGCAUCUGUUGCUUGUAACACAGUAUGUACUUUUUUAAGAAAGGACUUCUGAAUCCCGGUUCUAAAUUCGUAACGCUUAGAGAUACAAAACACAGUGAAACCUGUGAAAGCCAGAAUUCAACGGGAGCUGUGUUUCUCUGGGUCUCACAAGUUUUCCAUCUUUGACAGAGUGCAGUCUUACCACUUUUCUGUUGUUCUCUAUUAGUGGAAAAUAUUUGAAUUUUCUCUCUCUGACAAUUGUUUUGUUUCAGGAAAACGUCAGCAAUAAAUGCCAUGCUAUUGCUUUGGUUUUUGUUUUAAAUUUUGACUGUUAUAAUUCUUGCCUACUUGAACAUAUACAUAGUCAACAUGGCAUUGAAAAGUCCAGUCAUGAAACAGUUAAUUUUAAACAAGUACAAUUACCUGGAAGGCUUCCACCUCUAAGAUAACACUCUGUUGCUUUAGAAACCAUUAAACCUUCCUGUUGUAAACUAGGUAGAAGUGUUACAAUAAGAACAAAAAUCCCCUCCUCUACCUAAGGUGUGCUGUAUAUUGAAAAGUGGAAAAUACCUGUUUUUUUUUUCUCACUGGCAGCUUUACGUCAGAGUCAUAAGUAGCAUUGCCUCUUUCUUUUCCGCAAUUAACCAAGGCCCUCGGUAAAUUAAACCUUUAAGAAAAGACCCAUGAACAUAACUAAUCUCAUAUAAUACGUACAUUAUUUCCAAACAAGGAAAAAAGGGAGGGUCAUUUCUACGAAAGAGCAGUCUGCAUACUAUCAAUUGGGAGCAUUUCUAAAGCAUGUUUCGAGAUGCCUUACUAUAAUCCUUGUGAAAUCACCAUUUCCUCAAUUUUCAACUCUGAGUUAAAUUUUAUUACUUGAGGCUGCAAGCAGUAAGGUGUGUUUCCUUAAGAUGAACCCAACUCUCAAUGACAAGAUUUAACAUCAAGCCAAAACAAACAGACAAACAAAAACCCAAACCCAUUGCCAUCAAGUUGAUUCCGACUCAUAGCGACCCUAUAGGACAGAGUAGAACGGCCCCAUAAGGUUUCCAAGGACUGGCUGGUGGAUUCAAACUGCUGACCUCUUGGUUAACAGCUGAUCUCUUAACCACUGCAUACUAGGACUCUAACAUCAAGCCAGUGUCCCUCAAAUUAAGAAUUGAAUCUUUCCCCCAUCCUCUUUUAAACGAUCCUUGGUUCCUUAGAGAAAUGUAAAAAUCCUUAAGCAGAAGGAUGUAUUCAUCAAAACCACCAAGAAGUAUUUCGUGAGUGUUUUUGUGGGCCAGAGAUGGUGGGUAGAUUGAAGGUUACAAAAAAAUCAGACUCAUACCGUGGCCUCAAGGAGUUCCCAGUCUAGGGAAGCAAUGAGAUAUGUACAUCAUAUGGUCCAAAGCAGAAAGUGCUAAGCAACAUAGAAAGCCCAGAGAACUGCUCUGGGAGUUCAAGCGGUAGAAAUCUUUGAUGGGGCAUGUUAUGGAUUGAAUUGUGUCCCCCCAAAAUGUGUGUCAACUUGGCUUGGCCAUGACUCCCAGUAUUGUGUGAUUGUCCACCAUUUUGUCAUCUGACGUGACUUUUCCUAUGCAUUAUAAAUCCUGCCUCUAUGAUGUUAACAAGGCAGGAUUAGAGGCAAUUGUGUUAAGGAGGCAGGACUCAAUCUACAAGAUUAGGUUGUGUCUUAAGUCUAUCUGAUUUGAGAUACUAAAGAGAAGCGAGCAGAGAGACAGGGGACCUCAUACCACCAACAAAGUAGUGCCAGGAGCAGAGCAUAUCCUUUGGACCUAGGGUCCUUGUGCUGAGAAGCUGCUAGACUAGAGGAAAAUUAAUGACAAAGACCUUCCUCCAGAGCUGACAGAAAGAGAAAGACUUCCCCUGGAGCUGGCACCCUGAAUUUGAACUUUUGCUUCCUAGACUGUGAGAGAAUAAACUUCUGUUUGUUAAAGCCAUCCACUUGUGGUAUUUCUGUUAUAGCAGCACUAGAUAACUAAGAAACAGAAUAUGGGAUGAAUGAAGCAAAAGGUUAUAAGCUCUCUGUUCAGAUAUUAGCAUUGUACUUUGUAAACAGAGACGAAAAUAUUUGCUGACUGGUUGACUAAAUAUUGAAUAUAAUUCUGUUAGGUGCUGUGGAGAAUAUAAAAUGUAGCCUAUAGGAUUGCUUGUUCUUAAGAAGUUUAUAAUCUAAUAAGGAAAUCAAGAUAAGCCCAUUCAUUUCUUUAAUACUCUUUAUUGAAUGUCUAAAGGAGACUAGGAAACCCUGGUGGUGUAGUGGUUAAGUGCUACGGCUGCUAACCAAAAGGUUGGCAGUUCAAGUCCACCAGGGGCUCCUUGAAAACUCUAUGGGGCAGUGCUACUCUGUUGCUAUGAGUCGGAAUCAACUCGAUGGCAGUGGGUUUGGGUUUUGGUUUUGGUUAAAGCAGCCCUGGUAGUACCAAGGUUAAGUGCUUGGAUGCUAAGCCAAAGGUCAGCAGUUUGAACCCACCCAGUGGCUCCACAGGAGAAAGACCUGGCGAUCUGCGUCUGCAAAGAUUACAGCCAAGAAAACCCUAUGGGGCAGUUCUACUCUGUCACUUGGGGUCUGUAUGAGUUGGAAUCUACUUGACAGCACCCAACAACAACACUGAAUGUCUAUCAUGCCCCUAUCAUGGACCGUGUUAAGUCCUGGAGCCACAAAAGUAAAAAGGCAGGGUCUCCGCCUUCAAGCAUAUGCACAAUUUAAUGAGGAUGCCUGAUACCUGCAAUACAGGGUGGUAAGUGAUAUUGAGACAUAUUGAAGGCCUAAGUGUUCCUGGGGAGCCCUGGUGGUGCAGUGGUUAAGAGCUACAGCUGCUAACAAAAAGUUCAGCAGUUUGAAUCCACUAGCUGCUCCUUGGAAACCCUAUGGGGCAGUUCUACUCUGCCCUAUAGGGUUGCUAUGAGUCAGAAUUGACUCGAUGGCAAUGGAUUUGGUUUUGGUAAGUGUUCCUUGGGGGCAGGGGAUGCUUGCCAAGGGAGAUAACUCAUGACAGUGAGAACGAAGAAUGAGGAGCCUGCCAGGGGAAUGCGAAGGACAUUUAUUCCAGGAAGGGGAACUGCAGUUCUGGAGGGUACAAAUUCAAGAGAUGUUUGGGGCUAGCUCUUGGGGGACAACAAGAACAUUUACAAAGAGCUUACUGCAUGCCAACACUGCGCUAAACACUUUUCUAAUGUAUCUCAUUAGUGCUCACAACAACCCUAUAGAAGCACUAUCAUCCAUUUUUUGAAGAUGGGGAGACCAAUGUACAGAGAGAUUAAUUAAUUCACUCAGAGUUAGUUAGUAAAUGACAAAGCCGGGGUACAAACCGAGGCAGUCUAGCUCUCAAAUUCAUGUUCUCCAGGUGACGAAGUAGGAAAGGUGGUAGCAACCAGGGCAGGAAGAACCCUACAAGCCAAGCUUUUAUCUAUUAGGUAAUAAAUGCUUAAAAUAAUAUUUUAAAGUAACUGUUAAAACUGAGAGGAGAGGCAAAUUGUUCUGGCUAUACCUUUUUCUUGGGAAUCUCUCCAAUUGUUGCAAAGAAAUGUGUAUUGCUCAGCUUCUGGUGGGCUGACAUCACAGGAGACUGGAAACUGAUGACAUAAAAGCUUUGCUUUUGCUCCCUCCUCUACCCCUGAGGUUUGUAGAGUGGCACCAUCUCAAUUUGGCUCUGCUGACUCUUCAGCUGGAAGAACUCCAAGAGAGCAUGUAGUGUUUCUCAAACUUCCUUGAUAAUAAGAAUCACCGGAAGUACUUGUUAAAUAAAUUCCGAGCCUUUAUCCCAGCCCCAUUUAACCGGAAGUUCCAGGGAUGCUGUAUUUUUAAUAAGUAUCCAGGUUAAUUUGCUACCUGGAGACAAAGUUAAAAUUUAUUCAUUUACUACGGUGAUUACCGCUAAAGUUACAGGAGAGUCCACAAAGAGAAUGGCCUUAAACUGACUGAUAAACCAAUAAUUAUCUGAUAUAGCACUGGGCAUUUUGGAGAAAACAAAGAAGCAGCUUAUCAACGCCAUAAAAGCAACCUGUUCUUGUUAUACAAAGAGUACCGACUCAGUGUCAGGCACAUAGUAGGUGCUGGGGAAGUGAGUGGAGUUCUUUUUCUGACAACCACACAAUGAUUCCUGGUUUAUGAUAUGUUCCCACAUUUACUAAUUCAUUUGAUUGCCUGCUGAAGCAACCGAAGCUCAGAAAGGUCAAGAGACAUCUCCAAGGUCAUAUGGCAAAUAAGGGGAAGAAUCAGAAUUUUACUGUGAACUCAGUCCUCUUUGUAUUAUACUACAGCUAUCUCUCAAAGAGGUCAAGGCUGCAGAGGUUAACCUGGGGGAAGAUGAAUCUAAUUGAAUCUAAUCUUUUGCUUAUCUAAUAAAUAGGCCAGAGCCUCAUGAAGACAAAAAAAUCAGGUAGGAGAGAAUUCUAAGAAUUGUUGUCUUUCAUCUUAGAACCUCAUCACGGGAAAAGUGAUCUUUGUGUCCUUGUAUGCUUUUAUGCUAACAUCUUUUCUAGAAUUAAGUGUCUGAGAAAGACCUUAUGCAGAGAAGCAGCAAACUUUCCUAGUAUCACCACUUGACACAUGAUUAUAUCACCAUAUUGCAAUCAUAUUACAGUCAUCACAAUAAUCGUUCAACAAGAAAUUGCUCACCUGAAGAAGAGCCUUCUGAUUUCAUUUUGCCUCUUUGGGUAAACUGUUAAGGACAGGGCUGGCAAAAGAGAAAGAGGAAAAGCAUAGCAGUUAAAUUAAGACAGCAGGCUCUUAGAGCCACAAAGAGUAGGCUGGGAUCCUGGAUCCCAGCUAGAACCUGGGAAGUUUGUGUAACUUCUCUAAGCCUCAGUUACUUCUCCUAUAAAAUGGGGAAAAUAAACAGGGAUUAUUAUGUCCUUGGAUUGUUGUGAAAAUUAAAGGCAAUAAUACCUAGAAAGCGCUUAGCUCAGUUCCUGGCAUGAAAUGCUCAAAUAUGUAACCUAAUAACAAUUACAUCUCCCAUGGGUUGGUAAUUUUCUAUGUAUGUUUGCAAAUUAAGAGGUUUCUAUAGUUUUUUUUUUUUUUAUAGGUAAAAAAAAAGGAACCCUGGUGCCAUAGUGGUUAAGAGCUACAGCUGGUAACCAAAAGGUUGGUAGUUAGACUCCACCAGCCCCUCUUUGGAAAGGCUAUGGUGAGACCGGCAGCCUGCCUGCCAUCUUGAAUAGGCAAAGGCCUGUGCCUGCCAUCUUCUGUGAUAUAGGAGCUAACUCCCUCUCUUUAAGCUAUCUCCUUAUUAAGGUAUGGAAACCCUGGUGGUGUAGUGGUUAAGUACUACUGCUGCUAACCAAAAGUUUGGCAGUUUGAAUCCACCAAGUGCUCCUUGGGAACUCUAUGGGAUAAUUCUACUCUGUCUUAUAGGGUCGCUAUGAGUUGGAACUGAUGCAGCGGGUUUGGUUUUAUUUAGGUAUGCUUCCUGUUUCUGGCCAAGAAAAGAAAAACAAGAGGCUGGGGUCUGCAGACCACAGAACCAGUUAAGACCAAAUCUCGCCUGCCCGACCUAUGCAGAACCAUCAACCUGUUCUCUGGGUGACCCCAGAAUGUUUUUGCCUACCAGACGGAAUCAAACUUUAGUGGCCCAAACUUGGAGGGAGACUUUCAGGAGCAAGGGGUCCAAGCCUAAGAUCCAGUUUGAGAGACGCCCCCAUUUUUUAGACUAAGCAAGCACAGAAAGGCCAGAUUUCCCCAGGAACACCUUUUAGGGCCAGACCCAUCAGCAAGCUGGCCCCACUUCAAGGGGUUCCUGAAGACCCCAGACCCGAUUUACUUCACCCAUAUAAACCCCUUGAGUUAUUUUUCUGGGAGUCACCUUGGUGACACAAGUCUCGGUGUGCUCCUCUGCUUGGCCAACCAAAUAAAAGCUUCUUUCGCUUUCACCCAUUUCGUGUCUCUAUGACUGCUCAGAGCAGACCUGGAACAACCUGGUUACAUUUUUGGUGAGCCAGCCAGGAGGAGAACACCCAGUGCACACUGGAGAUUUCUCCAGAGAGACCUCGUCCCUCGUCCCCAAGGCAGACUUAUCUCAGACCCAACAGUGGCACUCAGAAAAUGGAGAAGAACCUUGAGAAUUCAAGUAA